GCCCUUUGGUGACGCCCUGCGGUGCCAUCCUAGAGUGCUACGAUACGAUACCGUAGGGUGGCACCAAAGGGCGGCAUCGUAGCGUACCACUAUAGGGCGGCACCGUAGGCUGUCACCAAAGUGCGAUACCGUAGUGUAGCACUAUAGGCCGGCACCCUAGGAGGUCACCAAAGGACGGCACCGUAGGAUGGCAUCGUAGGGCGUCACCAAAGGGCGAUACCAGUGGCUAUCAAUGGGGGAUCAAAGGAUAUCAGUGGGCGUGUAGCUAUCGAUGGGGGCAUAGCACUGUAGGGCGGCACCAUAGGGCGUCACCAGAAGGCAGCAGAGUAUGGCGGAACCGUAGGAUGUCAGCAAAGGGCGGUCCCGUAGGACGUCACCAAAGGGAGGCAUCUUAGUGGGGCACUGUAGGGCAGUACCGUAUUGCGUCAUCGAAGGGCGGCACCGUAAAGCGGCACCGUAAGGUGACACUGUAGGGCGUCACCAAAGGGCGGCACCGUAGGGUGUCACCAAAGGGCUGCACCUUAAGGCGUCACCAAAGGAUGGCACUACAGACAGUCACCAGUUGGCGGCACCGUAGAGCGGCACCGCAACUGUAGGGCGGCACUGUAGUCGACAGCAGUGUUUACGCCACUCAGCUGUCUAGUGCGUGGGAGAGCACAGCCAGUGUGGGUGUGACCUUAACAGUGACAGCCUGGACCUGACACAGUGACACCUCAAGAACACAGGCACACUGGCUUGGCAAACGUAACGUUGUGCAGUGAGUGACAGUAAACCAGUGGCAGCGGCGACCGUCACUCACCACAGCUCGGGUACAUUCCACGGGGCGUAACUUGCCACCCAAUAGGUUGGCCAGCAAAGUCGAGUCCUGUCCAGAGGCAAGAAGGUCUGGGUGGGCGUACAUAACUGGUGCUCUAGGGAAGCUUGUCAGCACUUUGGUGAUGGCUGCCUUAAGGAGUUUACUUUUAGUUCAGGAAGGUUGCAGACUCAAUGGCGUCAGUGAGCCCAGAAGAAACUGUUGAAAAUGACUCGAUGCCCAAAAACAUGGCAGCAGAGAGCAAGCUAUACAUGGAUGUGGGAGAUGACAGUGUCUCACUAAUAUAUCGAGAUGAGUAUAACAUCCACCUUUUGGGAAUGGAGAAGCUCCAUCCCUUUGAUGCUUGCAAAUGGGGUAAUGUUGUGAAGCAUUUGAAGAAGAAACAAUGGAUAAAGGAAUUGAAGGUGGUGAGUCCAAAUGAAGCAACAGAAAGUGACCUGAGGUUGGUGCAUUCAGCAUCUUACUUACGUAGCCUCAAGUGGAGCAUAAAUGUGGCAAAAAUAACAGAGGUGGCACCAGCUGCCCUUGUGCCUAACAUUUUCCUGCAAAAGAGAGUCUUGAAGCCAUUCAGGUAUCAGACAGGAGGCAGUGUGCUGGCUGGGAAGUUGGCCAUGGAGCGUGGCUGGGCCAUCAAUAUUGGAGGCGGCUUCCACCACUGUUGGGGCAAUGAGGGUGGCGGGUUCUGUGCCUAUGCAGACAUUUCCCUCACCAUCCACUUCGUUCUCAACAAUUAUCCCUCAGUGGAGCGUGUUAUGAUCAUAGACCUUGAUGCCCAUCAGGGUAAUGGCCAUGAAAGAGACUUCAUGGGUAGGAAGGACAUCUACAUUCUUGACAUGUACAACAAGUAUAUUUACCCCAAUGAUUCAUAUGCCAAGAAAGCCAUUCGCCGCAGGGUUGAACUUUUUGCCUACACCCAGGAUGAAGAGUACCUAGAGAAAGUCAGCACGCAUGUUGAAGGUGCCCUCAACGAGUUCAGCCCACAAAUGGUGAUCUACAAUGCAGGGACAGACAUUAUGGAGGGAGACAGUCUGGGUCUUCUCUCUGUCACAAAGCAGGGUAUCAUUGAAAGGGAUGAGAUUGUAUUCCGCAAAGUGACCCACAGACAAGUGCCCAUCGUCAUGCUCACCAGUGGAGGUUACCAGCGCUCCACAGCUGCUGUCAUUGCUGACUCCAUAUGGAAUCUCAGUAAAAAAUCUCUUAUUAAUAUGUGAUCACUGCAAGGUGGCCUUCAGUCUUUUAAAAGAAGUAUUGUCUGUGUGUGUGUGUGUGUGUGUGUGUGUGUGUGUGUGUGUGUGUGUGUGUGUGGAGUGAGUGAGUGAGUGAGAGAUUCACCUCAUUAUUGCACCCAUGACUCAUUUUUACUAUGUUGUUUUGAAUGUACUCUCACACAGACAUACAGGCCUCGUAAAUCCCAGUGGAUAAUGCUUCCCCUUAUGAAUGAAGGCAGCCAGUUGAACUCUGUCUUGGUGUCAUAACCUCAGUAUUUAAUGGGAUAUGUCUGUAAUUAAACUUGUGUGCGUGUGCAUGUGUGCUUGCAUGCUCAUGCAAGUUUGUAUGCUUUUAUGGCAUUAAUAUUCAUAGUGCAGUUAUUUUCAAGAGGUUUUGGAUCUUUUAAAAUUAUUUUUUUAUGGUAUUCACUCAGGAAUUCAUGGAGAUGAAUCAGCAGUGAUCAUUUAAGUUUUUUUAUGAACCAGGACCUCAUAGUAAAAUCCAAACCUUUAGAUUAUGUACUGAUUCAUGGAAAGAAAGCACCUCUGUUACAUCAUUUUAAAAAUUUGAAUCUCAUUGUUACAUUGUUAUAAGAAGUCUCUCUUAAAUGCUCUUUUUUUCAGCACCAUAAAUAGCAAGGUAUCUUUCCCCACAAUUACAGUCUGUUCUCAUUGACUCAAGGGAUGGUCACGCUCCAUCCCCCAUCCCAGGGUGUGUACAGCUGGUCCUGGAAAAGACGGGAAGGCUCACCUGUCAAAUUAGUGAACAGAUUGUAGUGAUAGAGUGAUAGGCAACUGAGUUUUGUGUAAAAUUAUAUAUAUAUAUAUAUAUAUAUAUAUAUAUAUAUAUAUAUAUAUAUAUAUAUAUAUAUAUAUAUAUAUAUAUAUAUACACACACACACACACAGUACAUAACACACCUCACUCUGCCUAAUUUUGUACCUGAGAGCUAUAUGAUUUGUGAUGUUAGUCCAUUAGUAACAGAUACAAACUCUUCAAUAUCACAGUAGUAAUCCUGUACAAGCCUUAUUAUUUUGUAAGGUAUUGAGAAUAAGAGGUCUGUUUAUUUUUUCUCAUAUGUAACAAAGAAUGUUUUAGGUUGUAGUUUUUAAUAUUACUUCAGUGUUCUUUAAUGAUUUUAUAAUCUGUUUUAUGGAAUGAUAUAUUUUUUUUAUAUGUGAUAAUGUAUUAAGUAGAACAUUGCUUAAGUCAAGAAAAGCAGGUGUUUCUUGACAACAGGUUUUAAGGUGUAUGAUUUAUCCAAAGGUAUAAUAUAGUAUCAUCUCCUAUGUUAGGCAUAUCAGGGAAUGAAGCACCUUGUGCUAAUAGAGGAAAAAGAUUAUAACAAACAAUAGUUCAACUGAACACAUAUAAGGAAAUUUAUGGAGGCAAUGCCCUCUAGUUUGAGUUAUUUUCCUUUUCCCUGAGUUCUGCAGUAAAGUCCCUCUCAUCCGGCAUUCGACUAUCCAGCAGCUUCAAGUAUCUGGCACAUUUUUCUCCGAGACUUAAAAUCAAUAAAAAAUCAAUGUGUACUCAUAAAAUCGAUUAAAAUUCCCGCGCGGGGCAUACUUUGUCCCCUUGCCACCAGAGCGCACUGCUUCGCGCCACCUGCGGCCCACUGCACUGUGUUUACUCAGUGACUCAGUCCCGCGUGUGCACUGUUUAUCGCCUGACGCCUUCAUCAUGCCUAAAGUUGUAGAAAAGAGGAAGCGUGUUGUGCUUACACUUAAGCAGCUGAUCAGAUCAGCUGUUGAUUAAGAUCAGCUGAUCUUUGUUAUGGUAAGAUGCGUGAGUGUAGUGUGGUGAUUGUGGACAUAAUUUCACUUCUAUUCAAGUAUCCGGCAAUAUUCAAGUAUCCGGCAUGUCGGCGGUCCCGUUGAUGCCAGAUAAGAGGGAUUUUACUGUACUUACAUUACUACUAUCAGACAUUUUCUUUAUUAAUGAAGUACUAUCUGUUACUUUCUAUUUUAUUGAUGGCCACCAUGUUUUUAGCAUCAGGUGAAGGCUGACAAUAACAAAAAACCCCAGCUAUUAAUUUUUAAUUUUUUUUUUUAUUUAGGUACAUUGAACUUACAUUCAGUGAUAAAUUUUGUGAAUUAAAUAAUGAAGAAAAUCACGAAUGGUUUGACCACUGAAAAAAAUGGUCAUAUUUUUAGUUUUAUGUUUGAAGGCAGCAUUUAUUAUAAAUAAUUGUGAUAUUAUUUUAUUUGGCAGAGCUUAACUAAAUGAAUUAUGGAAAUGAAGGGCAGUUUAGUGCAGUCAGUAUAUUUAUAAGUACUGUAUGUGAUCAUGAAAUUCAUGUGUCACCAUACAUCUUGUAAGAUCACAAGGAGUAUCAAGUUUUGUAUUGUGAUUAAUUCUUAAGGCCUUUAAAAGUAUAUGUGCAAUUUUUCAUUGUUGCAUCCAUGCCAAAAUUCUCACACAUAUUCACAUCUUGAUGACCCACAUGCUUGUCAUUCCCAUUGUAUGUAUUUGUGAUUGUUGUGCUGCAUUCCAUCUCCAUGUCUUGUGUCUGAUCCAUACAAGGCUGUAUUGCAGAAGCACGGCACAUGGCUAAAUCAAACUUAAGCUACACACAUUAGCAAGGGGCCUGUUAAUUCAUUCUUUGUGCUAUUUUUUUUUCAUUCUUUUUAAGAUGAAUAUUCAGUAGAUAUGUUUGAAGAAUUUGAACUUAUUUUCUUUUGGUUGUGGAAAUAUCUAGCUAAUGCUCAUAACUUUGCCUCAUCACUGUACAAAAGUAAACUAGCUAAGGAUAGGGUAGAGUAACUGAGUUGUGGUGCUGUAGAUCUAGUGGCUCCUGCGUAGAAUUUCAGGGUACACAUAAAUUUUAGGAUUUACAUUAUGGAACGUGUGAUAAUUAUAUUGAAUUAUUUCCUUGUGUAUUUCUUUUUAAAUUCAAGUGUAUAGCAUUAGCCUUUUUUAAGUGAGAUUUUCCAAAAGUACAAUUGAAAGUGUAAUUUACCAUAAGCAUAGUGGAAGAUAUAUUCAUCAUUAAUUUUCAUUAGAUAACAUAGUACUGUAUGAUUUACAGAAAUAUGUGAUAUUUGAGAAUGCAUAUUUUUAAAAAUUUAAUUGCUUUCUCAUAAGUUGUGACUGAAUGAAAUCCUGUGUUGACUCUUCCUUCUUGUAGGCUAUAAUAUCAGCACAUUGGAAAGCUGCUACUUGUAUACUAGGGUUACAGAGUACACAUGCAUACAGAAGGGUAGCUACUGUGUAGGAGUCAUGAAGACAGAUAUGCCAUAUGUUGUGUAGUUGAGAAAGUAGCACUACUAUGGCAAAAUUUGAGUUUUAUAUGUGUAUGUACAGUAAUAGUAGUUUGUUAGGUAUGUAUUAAUUUACAAAUGAGAGUACAUAUUAUGUUCUGCAAAAGCAAGAUUCUUUUGAAAGGUGAAAUAUCUUUACUGUUGCUUUUGUGUAUAUCAUUAUCAGUCUUCUUCAUUACAGGCAAUUACUGCAUGUUAUGAGAACAGAGAGGUGUACUAUAAGUUAGAGUUCUACUUUAACUUAUGUUCAUCUGUUUAUCCAUAUCUGAUAGCCUGUUUCCAAACUCCCUUAUGGGAAUAGUUGUGAUAGAAGUCUAUUCAUUCCUGUCUUUGCUUGCUGUAAUCAUCCUAUUCUUUUUUCUAACAUACUUCAGUUCUUUGUCUUCCCAUUUCACUUGGGGUCACCCUGUUGUACCCGUCACCUUUACCAUACACCUAUUCAUGUCACCCGGCACUCCUAAAUAGCUGUGUUUGUUUUCCUCAUCCUCUCCACAUUUAAUUUCUUCAGCUUAUUUGACAUAUCAAACCUGAUGUAAACACUUUUCUCACCAUGCUUUCACAGCACAGGCACUUCUCAAGUAACUCAUUUCAACUGCUUGGAUCCUUGACUUUUGCCUUUCAUUCAACCCUCAUCUAGUUUGCAUAUGUGAUUGUUUGUACAAUUGUUCAAUUAUAUAUGAACUGCAUUCUUACCAAAAUAUAAUUAUUUUAGAUACAAGCUGGAAAUAUUCAGGUUUUGAAGAUCCUUAGUUGGAAAACAAUAUGUGAAGCUCAUGAAAGGUUAUUUUGUAGUGCCUAUGGUUCAUGAACACAAUUGACAGCACAUUAUGUAGUGCUGGAAGUCUAUUUUAUCACACACACACACACACACACACACACCUAAUAGUGAAACAGAUCUACAUAUGAAUAGUGCCUCCAAAGCCUCAAUUUAGGUAUGUAGAAUGAAGAAAAAUCAAACAAAGGCCUGAUUUAGCAUUAGAAUCUCAUGUGUUGCAGUUGUAGACAACUCACCUCAUUGUUCCAGGAAAUGUUACAACUACAUGACAUCUCCAGUCUUUAAAAAUAAAAUUUAUAAUAUACAUAGCUUGUUAUCUACGUAAAUAUUUCUAUGAAGAAUGUGUCAAACAAAGUUAUUGAAUCUAGUCAAAAUGAGUAUUGCACGUACAACUGUUUUGUUUUUAUUUCAUUGGUUAGUUGUUCAAGUAUUGAUUUUUUUUCUGUGUUUUAGGACAAAGUCUGAGGACAAAGUCCGAAAUUAUAGUAAAGGUUUCAUUAGGGAUGUUUAGUGUUCUUUCAAUAUUCUAUUAAUUUAUGAGAAGUACAUCUAGAAAUGAGUCUAAAUGUUUACACAAGAUGUUUCUAGUUUUGCUGAAGUAUAUUUGUAAUGCUUUGAAAUCUACAAGAAGUAGCAGAACUGGAUGCACUACAGUGUGUUUAAACUGAAAUACUUACAUUAAGGCUCAUGCAGCUAUAAAUUCAGCCUUUCACAAUUUAGUAUGUUUCUCAAAUUACUACACUACUGUAGACUGUAGAGUAGGAAUUCCUGUUUAUUGUCAGAUAUGAGAAGAAAUAUCAAGAAAGCUGUAAGAUCAUAUCCUUUAUGUGCACUCUAGUUCCUCCAUACUGAGCUAGGCAUUAGUUGCUGCUAUAGUACUCUUAUUAAUGUGAACUUGACUUCACCUCUACACCAUACCAACUGUGUUUUGUGUAUAUCUCAAAGGUUGAAAUAUACAUUAGUGUACUUUAAUAGCUUGUUAACUCAAGGGGUGUCUGUGAGUAAAGUUUAUAGUGAUGAUCUUGGAGAAAUUUUUAACUAUUAUAUCCAAGACUAGAUAUAGCCAGAGUAAGAUACAUGCUACAAAUAUGGUACACUGUUGCAUUUGGUCUCUUAUAAGUAAUGAUAAAGACUGGCUGUGCAGCAAUGACCACUCAUGUGGCAGAAGUUAGGAAAUUCCUUUCUCCAAGAUGUUUACAGUUGGCACUUUGCUAAAGACCCAUUAAUACCUGGAGACUUUUUUGUUUUUGUGAAUAAAUUAACUUUUUUCCUUUCCUCUGUAAAUCAGUUUUAUCCCCAAGUCAAGUCCAUGGAUAUUACUUGAAUAGUUAGGAGUAAUUCCCCUCAGUCUCCUCUCAGGAAGGUAACCCUUUAAUGUUCACAUGUUUUUAGAGUUUUAGAGCCUUUAGAUUAUUAAGAUUUUAUGAUGCUGCUUCAUAGCUCACUGUUUUCUUCAUCUUAUUGGUAUUGUUUGUAAUAUAAUAUAAUGGAUAGGUAAUGAAAAAGAAGCAGACUACUUAACAUAGUAAUACUUAUUCCAUUGCAUUAUAAACAUUAUUAUGAAAACAUUAAUUCUCAGGCUCUUAUUUGUCAGUAGAGAUGUUUGUAGAGUGAAGAUGUGUAGUCAGGUAUUGUUUGGCCCACUCAGUGUUCUAUAAAGCACAUGAUUUUAUCCUUCAAAAAGAUCUUGAAAUUUAUGAAAACUUUUCCAUUGUGCCAAAUAGUUAAACUGAGGUGGAAAUAUAAGACUUCCAGAUAAUGAGAUACUCUUGGUAUAUUUUGGAAUACUGUAAAUACUCUUAGCUGCAGUUAGUAACUUCACAUUCUCUGUUCCUAGAGUACUUGUUCAAAAAGUCAGAUGCCUCUCUUGCAAGUGAACACAUUCUCUACUGCAUGACCUGAUAGUGAGUUGUUUUUAGACAUGCAUUUUUGUUUUUCUCAAUUUGAAUGUGCAUGAUAGGAUAAACAAUUAGGUAAUACUGUUACAAACUGGUGCACAAGUAUCAAAGAACACAUAUAAAUUCUAUUUAUUUUAUUCAAAAUUCAAAAGGCAAAUUUUUAAAACCAAAUUUCAUAAUUUUCUUAUCCCAGAUUCAAUGAAUCAUUGUUAUUAUCUAUCAUAGUUUAUACAAAUGUGUGAAACACAUUUACAGAGGCAAGUGAAUUUUACAUUCAAUUUAGUCUAUACACUUGUAAAGAAAUAUGUCUAAAUUAAGUAUGUAAUCUUACAAAUUAGCUACAGUUCAAUAGGAAACAUGUUAUGCUAGUCUGUGUUAAUGUUUAUCUUCAGCUACAUUUCCUUCAAGGCAUGAAAAAAGAGAACUAAAACUUUUAAAUAAAUAUUUACUCGACUGUAUUUCAUGCUUUAUAGUUUAUAUUCUUGUAUUUGGAAUGUGAUCUGUAGUAUCAACGGAAAAUUGUUCAGAAUCAGAACAUUCAUCAUCUGAUGAAGAGCUCUCUGAAUUGUAGGAUGAGUCAGAUUAUUACCUUCUGGGUCUUUGUUUUUCUUCUUGAAAGAUUAAGCAGAACACCCAGAAAAUGCUUUUUAACACCUCAAAAUGAAACUACAUUAUGACGAAGCUAUGUAAGUUUACUUUCUGAGGAAAACUUUUACAAAGAAAAAAAAUCAAAUAAAGAAAAUCAAAAGUAGAGGUUAGGUUAGCCUCAAAGACUGAAACAUUAAUUUUCACACCAAAUUCUGGCAUUUCUACGCUUCGCUAUGUCUUCUCAGGUGAACACCAAGGAAGCUAGACUGCAUCUUCCUCGAAAGACUCUCCUUCUCCAUUGUCAUUUCUCUUGUACUAGUGGAUGGGAUAUGUAUGAGUUUAUCUCUUGUAUUUUCUUUCCUUUCUCCCAUCUUCUGCAUCUCCACUGUAUUGCUCUUCCAUUUGGCCACCCCCUCAACUUUUGAUUGAAUCCCAUGAUGUAAAAUUUUGUUCAGUCUACAUUGCAUUGUCUUCCCAGAUUUAAUGGAAUUAAUAGAUUAUUUGAAAAAUAAUUAUGUGACCGCAUUUGAAGCCAAAUGAUAGUGUUGGGGAUGUUUUAUUUGUUUCAAUGAUCAAGUGUUAAAUUUAUAUAAUACUUUUGCUAGUUGUAUGUGAAAUUCUCUCUCUCUCUCUCUCUCUCUCUCUCUCUCUCUCUCUCUUUCUAUGAGAUGGCAGUCUUCAUUGUAUUGUGACUGUUUAUAUUGCACUGUCAAUGCUAAUGGAUUGUAAUGCUGUGUAUAAUAAAUGUCACUUUUGUACAGAGAA